AGAGUUGACAAUAUUGACGUAACCUAUUUGCCUAUAAAGUAAAUAACAAUCAAUUUCAUGAAAAUUAAAAGAAUUUGCUUGAGGAUAUUUAAUAUUACACAGAAUUAUUUAUAAUACUACGUGAUAUACAAAAUGUCUCAACCUCAAAGCCGUAGUAUAUGGGCAAUGAUAAUAAGAAAUUUUAUUAAUUCUAUAAAGCCUAGACAAUUUCGCGGGACCCUCGUUGGCACAGAUUAUUUUGGCAAUAAAUAUUAUGAAAUUCCAGCUGAUCCAUCAGUUGGUAAAAGACGUGAUAGUCGAUGGUUUACUCCACCCAAAAAAGAUGAUUUUAUGCAAGAAAUGCCGGCGGAAUGGGAAUCAUGGUUAAGAGGAAGAAGAAAGCAUCCACCGACCGAAGAAGAGGUAAUGAAAAACGUAGCCAUAAUGGAAAUGAAAAAGCAAAAUGCCAUAGAAGUAGAUGCCAAAGGAGGUCAAAUGACACCGUUAACCAAAGGUUAUGAAACAUUUCCAAAGAGACAUGAGUAUGAAUCUGUACCAGGAAAAAGAAAUUGUUGAUAAUGAGUUAUUUGUGUUGUUAAAAUUAGUCUCGGUCAAAAUACAAUAGAAAUGCAUAUUUUACUAAGACAUGUAUUUCAUUUCAGCCAUUGGUACUAGAUAGAGCAAAUAUAUUUUAACUAAUUCUGUAUAUAUUGUGAUAGAUGUCUAGCAGGUACUAUAAGCAAGUUCUGUAGUUUUUGUAUAGCUAAAUUUAAGAUUGUGGGGAACAAGAGAUAAAAUUUUCAAUCAUAAUGUUUCUAUAAUGUCGACAUUAUCUGAUGUGGCUAGUAUUUGUUUAUUUAUAAUUGUCAUGGAUCUCAGAAGAUUAUGUUAAUGUACUAGAAGCAUUUAUUUUCAGAACUUCCAUAAUUUUAUUUAUCUACUUAGUAUUUUUCCCUAGUAACAAUUUUAUACUUAUGUAUGUAUUCUUAAUCAUAUCACUAAUUGUUUUUCCAUUUUUUUUCUAACAUUUGCAUUUAAUAUCUGUUUGACAUAUUCUGUAUUACUUCUGCAUUUAUACUGGUUUAUAUUUUAUGAGAUUUUUUUGAACAUAUCUUCGGAGUAGCCAGAAGUUUGCUUAGAUAUCUUUUAAUAUCUCAUAUUGAUUCGGUCGUCUCUCGGAAUACUCUUUGGUUUUUUUUGUUCAAUGAUAAAGAUGUAGAAAAGAAACUUAUGGUGAAAUGACAAAAUAACUAUUGCAAAAACUAGAAUCUUUUAGCUUUUAUUUAUAUUUAUUACCCAAUAAGUUAUGGAAAAGCACCAUCAAACUAGCAGAAACUUGGUUCUAGAAUGCGUCACCAUUGCAAGCAUAUACAAAGUGCUUCAAACAAGAAACCUUUAGAAGCAAAUAUUUUCCUUGAAUCUAGUACAAAUACUGGGAUUUGCAAGAACUUUAAUACUGGAAGAAGAGCUGUAGACAUUGGAAACAGUUCUGUUAUGGGGCUUAAAUAGACCUUAAGGUUGCAGUAUAAUGAAACACAUAGUUUAGUUUAUCUACCUGUCUAUGAUAACAAAGAUUUGAAUGUUAUUUCAUUCAUAUUUUUGUAUUCAUGUUUUUAACCUUAACAACAAAUUAUAAAUUGGCCAAAUAGAAACUAUAAGAAGGAAAAAAGACGGUUCCUAACAAAUACCGUCAGAUUUUUUUAGUUCCAGCCAUUGUAAAGGUUAUGAAGAAAGUUGUUGACCUGCAAAUUUCGAGUCUGCUAACAUUAUCAGCGACCAUCGAUACGGCUUUCUUAAACAUAGAUCAACCUGGGAUCUCCUGACCUCUGUCCCAACGUAUGGACUAGACUAUAUAGACAUGGGGAAUUCAGAGCAAUUGCACUGGACAUGUCGAAGUCUUAUGACAGGGUUUGACAUGCCAACCUUCUAAAAUAAAGAUCGUACGGUUUGUCAUCCUCACUUAACGACUGGCUUAUUAGCUCCCUCAAAUUCAUCCAGAUUGUGAUCGAUGGUUACUCUCCUCUACAUCAAGGAUCUACUUGACACAACUGUAAACCCGUUUUUUACUUUUACCGACGAUAACACACUGGUGUCGUUGUUGAAAUCAGCCGCCCCAAUAAACUCGGCUAACACCGAAAUCCAUAGACAGCAACAGAUUACCACCACAUACAGAUUUUGAAAACAUUCUGGAAGCCAACUGAUUUAAUGCAGCAAAGACCCAGGCUAUUGUUUUUUCAAAGAAGGCUGCCACUGGAUUUCAGGAUUUGGUCCUGUCUAGACAUAAAAUAUCGCCAUUACCGCAAAUUUGCUGUUGGUGUUAAAGUUGAGAGCAAUAUGUCCUGGCAUAGUCACGUGGCCAAAUUAGCUAAGGCAACUUCAUAAAAACUUUAUACUCGCAACAGUUUCUAAUCCUCUACAAAGCCCAGAAUCGUCCAUCCUUGGAAUAUUGCUCGCACAUUUGGAGCUCGUCUCCCCUUAUACCAUGAGGAUGAUCGAUUCAAAACAAAAGAUAGCAAUUCGACUUAUAGACGAUCCAGAGUUGAAACUUAGAGGUCGCUGAACACAAUCAAACAUAAUCCCACCUCGACAGGCAGACGUGACUCAUGAAUACAGAGUUCGCCUGCAAACGUCCAGAACGUCAAUGUUUCGGUAGUACUCCUUUCUUUGUAGGGGGAAUCUGCUACGAAGGCACUUUUUUGAGCACUACAACCUACAGAAGUUCAAAAUCGAUAUCCACAGGGCACGUAACACUCGAAUACUAAAGUGUAAUAGGGUUUACACUUUUGUGCUUGUUUUUUACAUAAAAAAAAAUGAUCCCCAUAAAGAAACUAAAAAUUGUUUUUAUAUUGAUUUUCCAUAUCUUUUUAGAAAUACAGCGAAGCUUAGGUAAUUUGAGUUUAUUUUUUAUACUUAGAUCUUGAU